CUGGUUCCGUCACGAUGACGUAAUUGGCUGCUGACAGGAAGUAGUGCUCUAAGGAUUUCGCGGCUCUUAUUGUGUAACAUUCGAAGCUCACUUUACACAGGAAGCAGAGAAGAUAAACAACACUUGAUACACCUAGCGUACGAGACUGCCAGAACCAGAUUAGAUUAGUAAUCAAUAAUCCAAAGGGGCAUCAUCUCUUCCAGUCAUGGCUCUGAUUUCUUUGGAAGACCUUGAGGGAUUGGAUGAUGAGCAGCUGGAUGAUGAAAUCACCGAUAACCCUGAACCAAUGGAUGAAGAUGACAGACUCCUGAGUCACUGGCAGGCAGUGGCCAGCACGCAUCAGGUGUCAGUACCUCCAGAAAUGACUGGACCCAUACAGGAAAUGACCCGAAACAGCCAGCAAAGGGAGCCAAUCCCCUUUGCUCCCAUCACUCGUCAUGAAAAGUCUCUUCCUGUUUCUCCACAGAUGGGGGAGGUCCUGUAUGAGGAGAGGUUGUAUCCAGCUGGACAUUGGGCCUCUGUGACCAGAGGAGAUGAUUUGUACGAACAGAGCAUCUCGAUGGGCUUCAUGAAGCUAAUGCGCUUCAUCUGCAAAGAAAACUCAGCGGGCAGGUACCUUGGGAUGACGGUGCCAGUGGUUAGCACCAUCCACAUGAUGGAGGACGGAAGCACAUUUGACAAGGAAGUCCAGACUUCGUUUUUCCUGCCCACAGCGUUUCAGUCCACCCCCCCCCAACCCUUUGACUCUGACAUCACCAUCGUCCACAGAGAACCCAUCCGAGUGGUUGCCAGGCCAUUUUUUGGUACAACCACAGAAGUCACAGUGGGUCAUCAGAUUUCUCUGCUGUGGGAGAUCCUGGGCGUCAACGACGAGCUGCGCAGAGAUGACUACAUGGUGGCUGUAUACGAGAACCCUGGGGUCCCUCGCCGCAGGAAUGAGAUCUGGUUCAUCAGACGCAGCCUUUAAACACUGUGCUCUGCUCCUUUUAACAUUUAGUAGCUUCCCACUGAUUAAUUUCUCUGUGUAGAUAUGUGGUUUAUUUGUGGAUGGACCUGGUUUUAUCUGUAUGGAGACAGCAAAUCAAUCACUCACUCACUCAGUCGCUCACUCAGUCGCUCACUUCUGUUUAGAUCGCAGCAUGCUAAUCAGUACACAUUGUUCCCUGUGUUUAUGCUAAGCUAGUUGCCAGUCUUCAUGCUGGGUUAACCAGAUGCAGAGCAGCAUUAGAGACUCAGUGGCCAGUUUAAUAGGGACCCCUAUCUAAGACCCCCUGGUUCGUAUGAGCAGGUUGCAUUAGUGUAGUAGUGGCAGCUUCCUGUUGUUCUGUCAGAGACACUAAUUAAUGCUAAUUAAGUUCAGGGUCCUCACAUUGAACAUUCAACCCUGAACGAACUGUAGUUACCAUAGGUACACUCAGUUUAGACUCGAUAAUAAAACCAAUCAGAAUAUGUAGUUUUUUAUGAUUUUGUACAAAAACAUAAUUAGUGUUUGUUUAACUUUUAAUCUGAAACUAGUUCAGUGAAAAAGAUUUCACCUAGGGGAAUAUUUCAUCUGUCCAUUUUUCUAAGAGACCGAGACAAACUGCUCGCUUAAAGGAGUUUCACAGAUCUGAAGUCAGUUGUUAAGCCUCCAUGUCUCUGACGGGGGGUUAGAUCCUGCUCAAUCGGAUCUGUAUGUCUCCUCCUGUUGACUGGAAUCUAUGGAGCUGUCCUUUUAAAUUUGAUGCUCUGACUCUCUCUCUCUUAAUGACAGAAGAAUGAAUCUGAAGGCAUUGUUAGUUUUAAAUGAAAAGAAUCUGGCCGAGCCUCUGACUGCAAGUGCAUUUUCUUCCAGCGUUUUACAUCCAGAGAGACUUUUAGUCUUUCUGGACCUUUACCCAUUUGCCCUUAACAGAUAAACUGGCUGCCUUUAAACUCCCUGGACAAUUGUCCUGUUUCUCUAUCCGCACACAUACGUAGGGAGAAACACAAUAACCCUAAAAACAAAACACUUCUAACAUUAAAUAGAUGAUUUUCUGGUUUGUGACAAUCUAAAUAAUUUAUUGAUGGUCUCAUUGCUUUUUCUGGGCCAGCAAUGUUUUUUUUUUCUCCGAAAAAGCACGAAAGCUGAUCGGUGGGGAAGCUGCACUAGAACCAGUCAUGGCCCAGGGCUGAUCCCAGAUCUAAAGGCAGAUUUUCUUGUAAAUAUUUGCAAAUUCACACGUGUCAUCACAACUGAUUGAACGAUGUGCUGAUGAGCCCAAGGUCCAGAGUUAACUGGAACACCACUCAUGUGUAUAGCACCUGCUUGACCUAAUACUAGACACUGGUAACAACUAUUACCAAUGUAGAUAAUUAGCCUGCUAUCAUCAGAUGGUUUGACACUACCAGCAAGGAAAACAAUACAGAAUUUAAAGAUAAUUGAGAUAACAAUUUUGUAAAUUAAAUGAAUGUUUUAUUUUUUGUGCGCCCAUGUGUGAAGGACCUAAUUAGAAAACUGUUACCAUUGUAAUGUUGUUUUAAAUAUUAAAUUGUCUUUAAUUGACCAAACUGCAAA